AGAGGGAUAUUUAAAACUCCUAUUAAUGAAUUAUUUAAAGCCGAUUACCGAUGUAAACAUCACAGUCACAGAGGGAUGCAAAGUGAGACAGGCCUCCAGCUUUUAGCACGACUUGGGAGUCGCCCCUCCAUUUCUGAUGUCUUGUCACCCAUAUUUAAAGAGGGACCCAAUUCAAAAGAUGUCAUUGAGCUUUAUGGACCAGAAGGAACUGGGAAAACAGAAAUUCUUCUUAAUAUUGUAGCUCACACAAUCCUACCUAAAUCUUGGAAAUCUGUCCCGUUGAAUGGAAAGGAUGCAAGUGUGAUUUUCAUUGACAAUGAUUAUAAAUUUUCCAUUCUUAGACUUGUAGCGCUUAUGGAAAGUAGAAUAAAUAUGAUCCUGAAAAAUCUUGAUCAACAUGAACAUACAACUAAUGAUGUUGAAAUGCUUAUUCAAAAGUGUUUAUCCAGACUGUCAUUAAUAAGAUGUUCAAGUAGUGCUGAGUUACUUGUGACACUGUAUAGUCUAGAACAAACAAUUCUAAGUAACCCUAAUCUAGCUGUAAUAAUGAUUGAUAGCAUCUCUGCGUUUUAUUGGAUUGACAAGUGUAAUUGUGGAGAAAGCCUGUCUGCUCAGGAGAGGAAUAUGAGACUCAUCACUGAAGUGUUAUCCCAAUUUGUGAAUGAUUUCAGUUUAAUUGUGAUAGCCACUAAGUGUGAAUUAUUUAAGAAGAAGACCCCAAAAGAAGACUCCUACUCUGAAACUCCGUCCAACACUGUCCCAGAUAAAAUGGACCAUCAAGAAUUUCUGUGUAAACCAUGGGGGCAGCUUGUGACACAGAGAUAUAUUUUAGAAAAACAGUCUGCUAAAAAAACUUUCAAGUGUCAGAUUGAAAUAUCUAAAAACAAUAUAUCUGUCAUCAAAUUUAAAAUUACAGAAAAUGGUAUACAAUAUGUGCCUGGGAAUUCAUGAAAUUAAAAUCAUAUUUAUUGGAUAUUGUUUGAUAACUAUGUCUUAAUCAUGUAGUGCAAAAACUUAAUACACAGGGAAAAUCACUAGAACAUUUAGAAUCAGUGUUUUUAGCUCACCUUGACGAAGUCAAGAUGAGUUUAUGCUAUACUCCCGGCAUCGGAGUUAGCCUCGGCGUCCCUGUUAAAGUUUUAGGAGCAGGUCCAUUCCCAAGUAACUACCAGGUAUAAGCCCUACCUGGACCAAACUUACAUGGAUGAUGCAUCCAGGGAUUGACACUACCACACUUGCUUCGGA